AUGAUGAUUCAAAGUAGGAAGCAGCACGUCCUGGUUGUUGGCUCGGUGAACGCCGAUAUCGUCAUCGAGGUCAGCCGUCUACCUCUUCGGGGUGAGACGCUUUCUGCUUGUAAGACUGACACGGGCAAGUUUGCUCCAGGGGGUAAAGGUAGUAACCAAGCUGCUGCAGCUGGGAAGAUUCUUGGUCCUAGUCACCCAACGCUCUCGGUCAAAUUUGCUGGUCAGUUCGGUCAUGAUGCUCACGGCGAGGCGCUGCAAAAGGCACUACAAGACGCCCAUGUCGAUAUUACGCUAUCGGGUCACCGUGACUGUCCAUCGGGACAAGCGUUUGUGUUCGUGUACCCAGACGGUGACAACUCGAUCGUCAUUGUCGGUGGUGCGAAUCGAGCUUGGCCCCUCACACUUUCUGCGUCUUUAAUCGACGCAUUUGAGUCGGCAGCUAUUGUACUAUUGCAGUGCGAGAUCCCGGAACGGAUCAAUGCGUUGGUGGUCAAAACUGCAGCUCAAGCUAAUGUCCCUGUCAUGUGGGACUCGGGAGGGGACGACGUGCCCAUUCCAGCGGAUCUCCUACCACUAUUGACGUAUCUCUGUCCUAAUGAGACGGAACUGGCGCGGAUGACCAAGCGUGAGGUUCGUAACAAGGAGGAUGCAGUCGCUGCAGCAAGGUGUUUGCAAGAACAGGGAGCUAAGAACGUGCUUGUCACGCUUGGCUCGGAUGGAGCGGUGUUUGUAUCUGCUGACGGCUCGGAAGUGGUGGAUCAAAAGUGCUUUGAGGUGGACAAAGUGGUUGACACAACGGGAGCUGGUGACUGCUUUCGUGGAGCGUUCGCCGUCGCGGUCGCUGAAGGUCGUGACGUGCAAAGCUGCAUGAUGCGUGCAACUGCGGCGAGUGCGCUGUGCGUGCAGCAUCCUGGUGCAUUGCCAAGUAUUCCAUCGGGUGAAGAGGUUAGCAGGCUCCUGAAGGAGAAAGGCCUGUAG